AUGCAAGGCCACCAGCCAGCAGCAGCAGCAGCAGCAGCAGCAGCAGCAGAGGGGCCCCCCUCCGCCAGUGGCUGGACCCUCUCUUCCAGCUUCCAGCCCACAGAGGGGGGCCCCCUGGCCUUCGAGGGGGGACCCCUGGUCCUGGAGGAGCAGCAGCAGCAGCAAACGGGAGGUGAGUACAGCAGCAGCAGCAGCCGCUGCUGCAGCAGCAGCAGCAGCAGCGCAGCAGCGGGAGCCAGGGCACGGAAGGGAUUAAAGACACUAAAAGGGAAGACAUUAAUAACAGCAAAUAGGAGCUGCAUGCAGAAGCAGCAGCAAAGAUGGAAAAAGAAAUAA